AUGCAAAAUCCCAUUAACUUUAGAUCUGCUGGCACAAUGAACCAGGCCCAAUCAUCAUCAGCUGGAUCAUCGUCGGGUAGUGGUGGAAAUGGAGCCAACAACAACAACACUACUACUACUACUACAUCAGCAGGUACUCAAAAAAAGCAACAUAAAUAUCCAAAGAGGCUGAGCCAAAAUAUGGAGAAAAGGGCCGAAGGAUCUGCUGGUGCAUCAUCAUCCAGGCCAACAACAUCAAGUUUAUCUAAAACUAGAGUCGAAGAAAUGUAUAAUAGCAGAACCAAUCAAGAUAGAGAUACUAGGAAUGCUUCUCCGAUUAUUCCGUUGAGAAACUUUAAUAACUGGGUAAAGGGAGUGUUGAUUUAUAAAUAUGUACCGAUGCAGUCAGUGGUAUUAGAUAUCAGUUGUGGAAAAGGAGGUGAUCUUUUCAAGUAUCAUUUUCGUAACAUCAAAUAUUAUGUCGGAGUUGAUAUUGCUCACGCUUCUCUUGUGGACUGCACUUCAAGAUAUAAUGAAAAUUCAGCACAGUUUAAAUUCCCAAUCACACUUAUACAUGCUGAUGUUGGAAAGACGAGUAUUGAUCCUGUGUUGCCAAGAGGAUUGCUUUUUGAUGCUGUCAGUUGUCAGUUUGCUGCUCACUACAUGUUUGAUACAGAAGAGCAUGCAAGAAUGCUCCUUAGGAAUGUUACAGAUCGCUUGAAAAAUGGAGGCAAAUUUAUUCUCACCACAUCUGAUGCCUAUGUGCUUGUUAAAAUGCUCAGAAAUGUUCAAGGAUAUACCCUCAAGAAUGAUGUUUUUGAAGCUACAUUCCAUUGUGCUCCUGACAAAUCUUUUCCUAACGUUUUUGGUAAUCGUUAUGAUUUUCAAUUGAUCGAUGCUGUGGAUUUGUGUCCAGAAUAUCUUGUUCCUCCAAAACACUUCAUCGACUUGGCCAGAGAAUUUAACUUACAUAUUGUAGAGCAUUUGAACUUCCAUGAUUUCUAUGAAAAGUAUGGAAGCAAUCAAGAAACUAAGGUCAAUGUCAAACCAGAACUGAAGUUGGAGGGCAUGACAGAAGACCUUUGGACUGCCAUCUAUUUGUACAGAGCUUUUGUUUUUGAAAAGAGAGGUGGCCCAGUUCCCCAAGAUCAGUUUCAACUUCCAACUGGAUACAAAAAGCUUGCUGCUUCUGACAUUAUUUCAUUGAAGUAA